UCUCCCGGCGUGCCGUGCGGCGGCGGCACAGCCCCUCCGUGCGCAGGCGCGGCGGGCUGAGGGAGGGCGACAUGGCGGCGGCGCUGUCGCUGCGGGGCCGGGCCGCGGCCCUCUUCACCGGUGCCCAGCGGCUCCUCAGGAGCAGCGGCGGCGCGGCCGAGAAGUGCCUGUGCAGGGGGAUCAGCUCGGAUGAGCGCCCGAAGCGGCCCCUGUCGGCCUAUUUCCGUUUCCUGAAGGAAAACCAUUCUGCUUUUCGGCAGAGGAAUCCAGAAAUGAGCAACAUGGAGCUGGUUAAAAAAAUAGCAGGUGCUUGGAAGGAGUUACCAGCAUCCCAGAAGCAGGUUUAUGAGGAAGCUAGAAAGACAGACUGGCAAAGAUACGAAGAGCAGUUGGCCGCAUAUAAAGCGCAGCUAACUCCAGCGCAGGCUGUGGCUCUGAAAGAAGAAAGGAGAAAACGGCUGGCAAAAAGAAGAUCGUUCAGGGCAAAAAGAGAAUUGACUGUGCUUGGAAAACCUAAAAGACCUCGUAGUGGCUUCAACAUUUUUGUGUCAGAAAACUUUCAAGAAAGCAAGGGACUUUCACCUGUGGCAAAGCUGAAGCAAUUAUUUGAUACAUGGCAAAAACUGUCCAGUUCCCAAAAGCAGCCAUACCUGCAGCUUGCUGAAGAUGAUAAGGUUCGGUACGAGAAUGAAAUGAAGUCGUGGGAGGCAAAAAUGCUUGAACUCGGACGUGAAGACCUGAUACGUUCCAAAAACCAAAGGCCAAAAAAGAAAACUGCUGAAACUGCAGAGGAAUCUGAAACAGCCAAAGCUUUCUCGCGUGAAAAAAAGGCAAAAUUAAAGUUGAAAAAAUCGGAAGAAUAAAAUGGUUAAGUAUUUUAUAUUUAUUGCCCUUUGGUUGUCAUGUCUUUAUCCUGCUGUGUUAAUGCUGCCGUCAGCAUUAGCACUGAAAUUUGGAAAACCCAUAAAGGGCCCGUUGGAGAAGUAGAAAAGCCUAUCUGGUAAAGAGGGGAUUUGGUGUCCCUCGGAACUGACUGAAAUAAUCACUGCAGGUGUAGCCUGAAUGUACGACAGUAACCGGUUAAUCAAGCUGUGAAUAGUGAUACUCACAUCAGCAGAGCUCUCCAGUAAUGGUAGAUACCAACUAGCUUUUAUAAGGUAUUUUUUAUGAAAGCAAGAAUAUUCUACUAUGUUACCAUCUACAAUUCUGUAAAUAAGAGCUGAAAUCUGAGUCAAAGCUGCUGUGUUUUAUUCCCUCCAUGGUAUUGGUAGUGAAAUGUUCUACAUUUCAACAAAAGGCACAAGAAAUGUAAAAUACUAACUUUUAUUUUAUUCAUCUGUCUUUUUGUACGUCUCAGUCUGUGUAUACCACUUAUGUUGCAUUUAAUUAAAGACCUUAUGAGUUUCGUAUAAACAUAUCUUUACUG